GAAGUGACUAAUUUCUGUCAUAUGACUGAGGCGCCCAUGGGGGUGGCGGGGCGGCGGUAGGAGCGGGGGGCCUCCGGCGAGCUCCCAGCCGAGCGACCCCGGUCUGGCGGCGGCCAGCAUGGCCCCCACCCUGUUCCAGAAGCUCUUCAGCAAGCGGAACGGAUUAGGCGCGCCGGGACGAGACGCCCGCGACCCGGACUGCGCGUUCAGUUGGCCCUUGCCAGAAUUUGACCCAAGCCAGAUUCGACUGAUCGUAUAUCAAGACUGUGAAAGACGAGGGAGAAAUGUAUUGUUUGACUCCAGUGUUAAGAGAAAAAAUGAGGACACACCAGUAUCGAAGCUAUGUAAUGAUGCUCAAGUCAAGGUCUUUGGGAAGUGCUGCCAGCUGAAGCCAGGAGGAGAUAGUUCUUCCUCUUUGGAUAGCUCUAUCACUUUAUCUUCUGAUGUAAAAGACCAGUGUCCCAAAUACCAGGGUUCUCGGUGUUCUUCUGAUGCCAAUAUGCUUGGAGAGAUGAUGUUUGGCUCAGUAGCAAUGAGCUACAAAGGAUCCACUUUAAAAAUUCAUCAGAUCCGCUCUCCUCCACAGCUCAUGCUUAGCAAAGUUUUCACUGCACGGACUGGCAGUAGUAUCUGUGGGAGUCUCAAUACACUGCAAGACAGUCUUGAAUUCAUCAAUCAGGACAGUAAUACAUUAAAAGCUGAUAGCAGCACAGUUAUUAAUGGGCUGCUUGGAAAUAUAGGUCUUUCACAGUUCUGCAGCCCCAGGCGGGCUUUCUCUGAGCAGGGUCCGCUCCGCCUGAUCAGGAGUGCCUCUUUCUUUGCAGUUCACAGCAACCCAAUGGACAUGCCAGGAAGAGAACUGAAUGAGGACAGAGACAGUGGCAUAGCACGCUCUGCAUCUCUGAGCAGCUUGCUCAUCACCCCGUUCCCCUCCCCAAACUCUUCACUUACACGAAGCUGUGCCAGCAGCUACCAGCGACGUUGGCGACGUAGCCAAACAACAAGUUUGGAAAAUGGGGUCUUUCCUAGAUGGUCUAUAGAAGAAAGCUUCAAUCUGUCAGAUGAAAGUAGUGGCCCUAAUCCAGGAAUUGUGAGGAAAAAGAAGAUUGCAAUUGGGGUAAUCUUUUCAUUAUCCAAAGAUGAAGAUGAAAAUAACAAAUUCAAUGAAUUCUUUUUUUCACAUUUUCCUCUCUUUGAAAGCCACAUGAACAAAUUAAAAAGUGCAAUAGAACAGGCAAUGAAAAUGAGCCGGAGAUCAGCUGAUGCCAGCCAGAGAAGUUUGGCAUACAAUCGAAUAGUUGAUGCCCUGACUGAAUUCAGAACAACAAUUUGUAAUCUUUACACAAUGCCAAGAAUUGGGGAACCUGUCUGGCUUACAAUGAUGUCAGGGACUCCAGAAAAGAACCAGCUUUGCCAUCGUUUCAUGAAGGAAUUCACUUUUCUAAUGGAAAAUGCCUCCAAAAAUCAAUUCUUGCCAGCUCUCAUUACUGCGGUUUUGACCAAUCAUCUUGCCUGGGUUCCAACAGUCAUGCCAAAUGGACAGCCACCUAUAAAAAUAUUUUUAGAAAAACAUUCCUCUCAGAGUGUGGGCAUGUUGGCAAAGACUCAUCCAUAUAACCCUCUUUGGGCACAACUUGGAGAUUUGUAUGGCGCUAUUGGAUCUCCUGUACGGUUAGCAAGAACUGUAGUAGUUGGCAAACGACAAGACCUGGUCCAGAGACUGCUUUAUUUUCUUACUUACUUCAUCAGAUGCUCUGAACUUCAAGAAACCCAUCUUUUAGAAAAUGGAGAAGAUGAAGCCAUUGUUAUGCCAGGCACAGUGAUUACUACCACUUUAGAAAAGGGGGAAAUAGAGGAAUCAGAGUAUGUACUGAUCACAAUGCAUAGAAACAAAAGCAGCUUGCUCUUUAAAGAGUCAGAAGAGACAAGAACUCCCAACUGUAACUGUAAAUAUUGCAGUCAUCCACUCCUUGGGCAAAAUACAGAGAAUGUGUCACAACCAGAAAGAGAAGAUAUUCAAGACAACUCUAAGGAAUUGCUAGGAAUUUCAGAUGAAUGCCAAAAGAUUUCUCCUCCUGACUGCCAAGAAGAAAAUGCUGUUGAUGUUCAACAGUACAGAGAUAAAUUAAGAACUUGCCUUGACACCAAGUUAGAGACAGUUGUUUGUACAGGAUCUGCUCCAGCAGACAAAUGUGUGUUGUCAGAGACAUGCUUGGAACCAAGAGAAGAAUCCUGGCAGAAUAAGGAAUUGCUGGAUUCAGAUAAUCACACAGGCACAGCAAUGAGACCCACAGGAAUAGUUGUAGAAAAGAAACCUCCAGAUAAGAAUGUGCCCAGUGCAUUUUCCUGUGAGGUAACUCAGACAAAGGUUACGUUCUUGAUUGGAGAUUCUAUGUCACCUGAUUCAGAUACUGAACUUCGGAGUCAGGCUGUGGUGGAACAGAUUAACAGACAUCACAGCAAACCACUAAAGGAAGACAGAGGAGUGACUGAUAAGCAUCAAGAAAGUAAAAUAACUAAGGACCAAUCUGAAGACUCUGGCACACAGAACAUGGUUUCUGGAGAGUCCUGUGAGCUUCCUUGUUGGAGUCAUUCAGAUCCAGAAAACAUGAGCUUGUUUGAUGAAUAUUUUAAUGAUGAUUCAAUUGAAACCAGGACUAUUGAUGAUGUUCCAGUUAAAACAAGUACAGAUAGUAAAGAGUAUUGCUGUAUGUUGGAGUAUCCAAAAAGAUUGUAUACAAAAACUAACAAACAGAAAAGUGAACUUUGUAAAUGUAUAGAAACAGUUCAUCAAGAUUCAUGUAAUGCCUGCCUUCCUCAGCAGGGCCAGAGGGGCUCCCUCUCCAUUCUUGUCCCCCAUGGGGAUAAAGAGAGUCUAGACAAAAAGAAUGCUGUAGGAACUGAAUGGGACAUUCCAAGAAAUGAAAGUUCAGAUAGUGCCCUUGGAGACAGUGAGAGUGAAGACACGGGUCCUGACAUAAGGAGACAAGCUGGCAGUUACUGUGGAGGGGAUCCGGAAGACUGGGCAGAAGAGGAUGAGAUACCUUUUCCUGGGUCAAAAUUGAUUGAAGUGAGUGCUGUUCAGCCCAACAUUGCCAACUUUGGAAGAUCCUUGCUGGGUGGCUACUGCUCAUCUUAUGUUCCUGACUUUGUUCUUCAAGGAAUUGGAAAUGAUGAGAGGCUCCGUCAGUGCCUGGUAUCAGAUUUGUCUCAUGCUGUGCAGCAUCCAGUGUUAGAUGAACCAAUAGCAGAAGCUGUCUGUAUUAUAGCUGAUGUGGAUAAGUGGGCUGUUCAAGUGGCCAGCAGUCAGAGACGAGUAACAGAUAAUAAAUUGGGAAAGGAGGUGCUGGUCUCUAGUCUUGUUUCCAACCUGCUUCAUUCCACUCUUCAGCUUUAUAAACAUAAUUUAUCUCCAAACUUUUGUGUAAUGCACCUUGAAGACCGGUUACAGGAAUUAUACUUCAAGAGCAAAAUGCUGUCUGAGUACCUGAGGGGACAGAUGCGUGUUCAUGUCAAGGAGCUAGGAGUAGUUCUUGGGAUCGAAUCCAGUGACCUUCCUCUUCUGGCUGCAGUAGCAAGCACCCACUCUCCAUAUGUUGCUCAGAUACUCCUUUAAUGUGUCUAGAGGAUAACUUUGGUUUAAAGUUGAGCAGAAACCAAGGAGACAGGCGCAGUCUAUCUAUGAAGCUGUUGCUGUUCUGUAUUGUGUUUGUCUUGUGCAUUACGCUUUUAGGUGAAUGCAUCAUCCCCACAUUGUAGUCUGUAUAGACCAGAUGACUUUUUUUUUUUUUAAACUGGACUUCUGAGUAGUGGUAGAUUUUUUUUUCAACCAAGUGAAACUAAAUCAAAAUAAUUGGGGGUAUGUGAGGGGUGGAAUUUGCAAAAGCCAAAGUGUAACUUAGAAAUUUCUGUGAAUAUACAGGAAUUUCAUACAAACUCUAAAAUGUCACAACUCAUGAAUAGCAAUAGUUGUCUUAUGAUCAAAUGUCAGAAAUCUUCAUUUCACUGAUUUUUAAUUUUUAUUUCUAUGGUACAGAAAUCUACAAGACCUUGAUUUGUUUGUUGUUUUGCAAUUCAGAUCAACUAAUUUCUAGUUAUUUAAGUAUUUUUUUUUAAAACAACUGUUAAUUAUGAGAAACUCAGAAUGAGUGAAGAUGUCAUAUGCCCAUCCCAAGUGUACAUAUGUAUCUAUUUUUUUAAAAAAGCAGGGGUAGAAAUACAAUAUUGAUAAACAUGCCUUUUUAAAAAAUAUUUUUUCAUCUAGUAUUGUACAUAAUGUUGAAAUACUACCUUCUGAUGAUUUUUCUGUUUCAUGCAUUCUAAAAUGUAUUUAAAGCCAAUCUUUUUGAGGCUCAAGGUUCUAGAUUCCCUAAGAAUACUACUUUUUACCAUUUGUUUUCUAAGAAUAAGCUAAUUCUUAUCAAUAUUUACAUAUUAAUUUAAUAAAUAAAAAUUAAAUUAAAAAGUGCACCAAAGCAAUGGCAAAAAUACUGUAUUUUUUAAAUAUGCUCAGGUGGCCACAAACUUCAGUAUCGACCAUUAUAAACCCAUAUGAGCAGAAUAUUUCAUAACAAUCCUCAAUUUACACUAGUAGAAGUAAUAACUUUAAAAAUUGUUCUUUAAGUGUUCUUUCUUUCAAAUGUUGAUUGCUUUUCAAAGCUUUCCCCUUAUCAUUUGUCAUUGUCUUUGUAUAUAGUGCAGAUUGUUGCUUGUAAGAAAGGCAAAUAAGGAACCAAACUCUUGUAAGUAAUGUAAAUAAAAAGGUGGGUAGAUCAUGUUUUCAAUAUACUCUACUACCUCAGUUUACUUGAAUACUGAAUUAGAGCUUACUCUCUGCUUGUGUGGGCUAAGAUACACAUAAUGCUAGAAUUAAAGUUGGUUUCUGUUUUCAUUGACUAAUUCUAAAUUGUUUAGCUCAAAAAAAAAAAAAAAAGAAAGAAAAAAGAAAGAAAGGAAGAAAGAAAAGAAGAAAGGAAGAAAGAAAGAAAAGAAAAAUAUAACCCCCCCCCCAAAAAAAAACAACCCUACCCAUAUGUUCGGUUACUGAAUAAUUUUAUUAUAAUAUAUCCAUUCUUGCUAUUUAAAAUUUUCAGUAAUUAAUGAAAAAUUUCUGUGGUUUAUAGUCUUCAGAAUCUUGAAUUUAUGUGUCUGGUUACAUUUAUCUUACUCUUUAUGUGUGUUCAAGAGAAUUCCAACUAGAAAAGAAUAAAUAGAAUGUUUUAAUGGAACAUAAACCCCAAAUUUAGGGUACCUACAGUUGGCCCUAGAUCUGUUUGUUGGUUCCAGUUAGUACCUGGGCCUCCCAUGGAUGACUUGGUGCCAAAGGGUUUUUUUUUUAAAUAGAUGUGGAGAUUUUGGGGGGUUUUGUUUUGUUUUCUUUCGUUUUUUAUGUCCUUGUAACCCAUUUGUUAGUGGAGUUUCUCUGUUGUAUUCUGUUAAAUUCAGUGAGUAGAUUUCUGUUAGAAUUUAGAAUCUGGGAAAGUUCCGCUGUGGGCCAUUGUACAUUAUUUUUUGAUUGUGGCUCAGAAUAAUAUGUGUAGCAGGUAGCUAAUGUUUUGGGAUGUUUUCUUGAACAUGGAACUUUUCAUAGUUCUAUUUGAAAUCUGUCAUUACUACUUAGUAAUUCUAGUCUUUAAUAAGUGAAUGGCUUGUGCACCUAAUAUUCUCAAAACUCAGCUUUGCUGGAAAGGCCUAUAGUUUCUUAAAAACUCACUAGUCCUUAUAGGAUUCCUGAGUUUGUAAUACUUUUAUCAUCAUAUUCUUUACUUACUCAAAGCCCAAGGAAUGAGCUGCUACUUCACUACAGUGUGGCUGUGAUAAAUGUGAAAAGAGUUUUGACCUGUUUAAAAUAAUUUUUCAACUACUUAAUGGUACAGACAAAUAUGUGCUACAUAAUAAAAAAAUACCUGUUUAUUGUUACAGGAAAAUAAAAAGGGAUCUUUUAUAUUAUAGGAUUAAAACUAAUUUUCUGUAUAUGUUAACUAAUUGAUUUGAUUUUAAAUAUCUUGCAUUUAUUAAUAUGUCUUAAUUUUGAAUUUGAAAAUAUUAAGUGCAAUAAACAUACUACAGAUUUCAUUUUGUUGCAAUUGGCACACAGUGCAGAUGAUCACUAAAAACAAUUUGCAUAAUGCCUCCAUCCGGUAGCUGUCUUAUGAGAAUGUUCUGCUUUCUCUUAAGUUAUUUAGAUGAUGAAUAUAUACAAUGUACAUAUUUGUUUGUUGUUCUGAAUACAUUUCUCAAAUGUACACCUGUAUUAUAAUAACCUCCCAGUUCUAGGGGAAAUUUGUGCAAUAAACACUGAUGUCAAUUUGA